ACACGGCAUUCGGCCACUCGGCCACCCGUCGCCACUCGCCGUCAACGAAACCCACAUCCUUCACAUCACAAGCCUCCGAGCAGGACGCGGAACAACGAGAGCAACUCUUCGAAUACAGCGAAGCCCCUAAAUUACCGAAAACUAUCAACCAUGGGUGUGGAAAUCCAAACGACAUCCCCCGGCGAUGGCCAGACCUUCCCUAAGACUGGACAGACAGUAGUGGUUCACUACACUGGUACCCUCACGUCUGGACAGAAAUUCGAUUCUUCAAGGGAUCGAGGUGUGCCCUUCAAAUUCCGUCUUGGCAAGGGUGAAGUGAUCAAAGGCUGGGAUGAGGGCUUUGCACAGCUCUCCGUUGGCCAAAAGGCUCGCCUGACCUGCUCACCUGACUACGCUUACGGAUCUCGAGGUCACCCUGGUAUCAUUCCCCCCAACGCCACUCUUAUUUUUGAUGUGGAGCUUAUCAAGGUCGAACCAUGAAUUCCUGAUCUUUAAUUGAAAUACUUGUUUGGCCCAACCAAAUCAUCUUGUCCUCCCUCAUUAUAGCUCAUUGUUCCCUAGAUUGAUUUUCUUGUUAAAAACAUAACAUGCUUCUUAGUUUCAAUUGUAGAUGGAGACUUCUUCAUGCUUUGCAUUUUAACAAGAUGGUCAAUUUUUUUUAACCUUUUCAUGUUUAGACCAUUAUUUUGAAUCUGUAAGUUGGGUAAAUGGCACAACUGUAUGUACCUUUCAAGUUAGAUAAAAUUAAGCACAUUGAGUGGUGCUGUACCUGAGAAGUAAAACCUCUACAGGUCUUGUAAACUAUGUUUUUGUCCUGGAUAUGUAGGGUCCAACCUUGUUUGGUGUAUUAGUUCAAUCAAAUUUUUUCUAAGCUCGUCUGCAUUUACUGAAACUUGCAUUUUAAUGUAUGAAUUUCAUUAUCCAAUAAACUAAAUACUAUCUUA